AUGGCAACAUUUCCGUGGAAUCUUUUUACACUGUGUUUGCACAAUAAUAAGCUUGGCGAUGCUGGAGCGACUGCGAUUGCUGAGGUACUCAAGGUAAACACGACCUUGAAAGCGCUCGGUCUGGCUAAAAAUCAGAUUGGCGAAGCUGGAGCGCAGGCCAUUGCUGAAGCACUCGAAGUGAACACGACGAUGACUAGUCUCAGUCUAAAUGAGAAUCGGAUUGGCGAAGCUGGAGCGCAGGCGAUUGCUGAUGCACUCAAGGUGAACACGACGCUGACUGAUCUUGUUUUGGCGAAGAAUCCGAUCGGCGAUGUAGCAGUGCAGGCCAUUGCUGAGGCACUUGAGGUGAACACCACGCUGACCGAGCUCUAUCUGUGGGAGAAUCAGAUUACCUGUACUGGAGCGCAGGCACUUGCUGAAGCACUCAAAGCGAAUACGACGCUGACCGAGCUCGAUAUGGGUUCUAAUCAGAUUGGCGAUGUGGGAGCGCGAGCGAUCGCCGAGGCACUCAAAGUGAAUGAGACGCUGACUGAGCUCUUGUUGUACGAGAACUUCCUCACAACUGACGGAGUCGCUACAUUCAGGCAAACGGGCAAUGCCAUUUGUGAAUUGUACCUUGACGACCAGCGUGCUCCUUCGAAUGUUGAGUUGGCUCAAAUUUUUGCUCGUACCAGCGCCGCGAUCACUCGGGCUACCACCCUUGAGGCCGAGAACCAAAAGGUCCGCUUCGAGCUGGCUGCCAAAGAUCAGGAGCUCGCUGCCAAAGAUCAGGGGCUGCAACAACUGCGCUCCGAUCUCGCUGCCAAGGAUCUUGAACUGAAGUCAGCACUUGAUCGGAUUGACGUGCUGGAGCGCAACCAACCAGGUGUUGGCUCGGCAGCGAGCUCUGACGGACCCAUCCCGCGAGUUUCUCUCGCAACGCUUGUCACAGCCACAAACAAUUUUGCCGCUGAUGCUCUGCUCGGCGAAGGAGCGUUUGGUCGUGUGUACGGCGCCAGUUUGCCUGGCCCUCGCGUUGCCAUCAAGAAGUUGUCAAUUCAAAACUAG